CAGUGAAUUAAUCAAUAGGGUUUCCUUAAUUAAGUUCCAUUCCUCAAGUUUCAUGGUUAACAUUCGGCUGCAACUUCUUGUUUCUUUUUUUAUUACAUAAAUUGUAACUGAUACCUGACGGUGAUUCUCUUGCUCUCCAGGAUUAUCUUGUCACUAGAUUUGAUUAAACAGGGGAACUAGCUGAGCUGCAUUAAUAUGGACAUAUCAUCAGCCAAAUGGUUUUCUGAAUUGGGAAUGGACUACAGUUUCAUUCCUCAAUGUCACUUGAACAGUCUAGAUGACGGGUUUAAUGCACAUGAUAUUGGCACUGCCCUUGGGGAGAAUUUCAAACAAUCUUUCUCUUCCGAGAGCUAUUCCUCUUACUCAACUUUGACAACCAAAAACACCCCCACCACGACGACCAUUGCAUCAAGUGGUGGUUCAUCCAUUAAUGAGACUUCUCAUGGCACCAGCUUUGAGAGGCCAGCCAAACUGCUCAAGACUAGCAGCUGGAACUCUAUCAUCACAGAAAAUGUUUCACCAAAACCUUGCUCUUCCUCCUCCCAGAUUCUUUCUUUUGAGAACUUGAACUCGCCACUGCCUUCCAAGCCUCAAAAGUUUUGUAAUAAAUUUGAGCCUGCGUUGAAGCCAAAGGAUGAGGCACCUUCCCAAAUUAAUAUGCGGUUUUCACAUGCUCAAGACUAUGAAGCAAAAGGCAGUAGCCAGGGCACUAAGAGGCCUUGCCCAACAAGUAGAACACCACCUUCACAUGCUCAAGACCACAUAAUGGCUGAAAGAAAGCGGAGAGAAAAGCUCAGCCAGCGGUUCAUAGCUCUUUCUGCGAUCGUUCCUGGCCUAAAGAAGAUGGACAAAGCUUCUGUUCUUGGAGAUGCUAUAAAGCAUGUGAAGGAGCUUCAAGAAAGGGUGAAAGUGCUUGAGGAACGAUCCAAGAAAAGAACUGUGGAAUCCGUGGUAUUUGUGAAAAAGUCUCAACUCUCCGCUGAUGAUGACACCUCUUCAUGUGAUGAAAACUUUGAUGGUUGCGGCCCCGACGAAGCUGCACUCCCAGAAAUUGAAGCAAGAGUUUCAGAAAAGGAUGUAUUGAUUCGAAUCCACUGCGAGAAACAGAAAGGAGUUGUGGUGAAAAUACUAAGCGAAAUUGAAAAGCUUCAAUUAUCUGUGGUUAAUAGCAGCGUCUUGCCAUUUGGGGCCUCCACUCUAGACAUAACCAUUAUGUCUCAGAUGGAUGAUGGAUUCAAUAUGACAGUGAAGGAUCUAGCAAGAAAGUUGCGAGGGGCUCUGUUGACGUUCAUGUGAGAUGCCAUAUGGGGCAGAUAUUCUAAGGAUUCUGUUUCUGCAACCUGUACAUUAUCCGAAUUACCUAAAAGUUAUCUUUUCCCAACCCUUUGCUACUAGCUACUUUUUUCCAUUCCUGUGAUGUGAGUCUCCCUUAUUUUCUGACAUCCCCCAUUUGGGUCUUUAUUUUGCCAUGAGGGUUCUUGCUAUAUGUAUUUUCUGGAGGGUUUUUUAGUUCUUAUUUUUGCGUGGUUGGCUGGUUGCUGCCACGUUGAGUUUACCCGCCUGCUGUGACAAAUAAGGAACCCCAUGGCCUGGUUUUUAAUAUAGUUUUUUAAGAGGUUAGAGUUUCAUUUUUGAAUGAAAUAUCUUUCUUCUAUGUUUUUGGGCUUAGCAAAGGAAGCUCAAACUUGGUCUAUUUUCUUGUAUUCGGAGAAACAAACUUGGUCUAUGUUUGAGACUUGACUGUAAUCAGUCAUCCUUGUUAUGCACUAUAACUACUUGUUUCAACUUCGUA